UCUAUCUUGUAAUCUGUAUCCUUUCCUUUAGGAAUCCACGCUGAUUGGAAAAAACGACCUGAAAAGAAGAUCAGGAAGAAGCAAACAAAGCAGACCUUCAUUUGCAUACAUUGGCUUGAUCCACACUGAAAAAUCCAAAAUUUGUAUCGCCGACCCGACAGCAUUACCCUUGAAAUAACUAACAAGUGGAAUGACCAGCUUCUCACUGAUGAUCACAUGGGAACAUGCCGCUGUAUUUCUGGUGUGCUCCUGUUUCCUGUUGGUUGACACUUCCCCCAUUCCCCGUUGCCCUCAGAUCCAGUUUAGGAAAAAAGGUGGGGUGAUGCGCCCCAUGACAUCUUUAGAGGACAGGACAAGGCUGAGACAUGGAAGGUCACACGUUCAGCGUAUUAAAAGAGGUUGGAUAUGGAACCAGUUCUUUGUUCUGGAAGAAUACAUGGGAUCUGGACCACAGUACGUUGGUAAGCUCCACACAGAUAUGGACCAAGGUGACCACAGAGUUAAGUACACUCUUUCAGGAGAAGGAGCUGGGUCCAUCUUCACAAUUGAUGAAAUUACAGGAGACAUACAUGUUCUGAUGGCGCUAGACAGAGAAGAAAAGUCGCACUACAAACUCAAAGCCCAAGCCGUAGAUCUCCGAACAGAUCUUCCUCUGGAGCCUGAGUCAGAGUUCAUUGUCAAGGUGCAGGACAUCAAUGACAAUGAACCUCGAUUUCCAGAUGGACCACACAUUGCCAUCGUCCCUGAGAUGUCCCCGACAGGCACAUUUGUGAGACAGAUCACUGCUACAGAUGCUGAUGACCCUACAUAUGGAAACAGUGCAGAGAUUGUCUACAGCAUUCUUCAUGGCCAACCAUACUUUUCUGUGGACCCUAAAUCAGGAGUGAUCAGGACAGCUUUAGCCAACAUGGAUCGUGAAGAGAAGGACGAAUAUCAGGUUACAAUCCAAGCCAAAGAUAUGGGUGGUCAACGUGGGGGACUGACCGCUACCACAACAAUCAACAUCACGUUGGACGACGUCAAUGACAACCCACCACGUUUUUCCAAGAGUAUUUUUCAUCUUGUGGUUCCUGAAACAGCCUUACCGGGUUCGGUUGUGGGCCGGAUUCUGGCCGAUGAUCUUGACCUCGACAGAAAUGCAAAGGUGGACUAUUCCAUUGUACCAGGGGAGGAGGGCACCAUGUUUCACUUAAUCGCAAAUGGUGAAAGUCAAGAGGGAAUUGUUGUCUUAAAAAAGGUUCUGGACUAUGAAACAAAGAAUUCCUACACUUUCAAGGUUGAAGCAUCUAAUGCAGAGUUUGAUCCUCGGUUUCUGCACUUGGGACCCUUCAGGGAUUCAGCUACCGUCAAGGUGGAUGUCUUGGACAUGGACGAGCCUCCUGUCUUUACCAAACCAUACUACUCCGUGGACACAUAUGAAGACACUCCAUCAGGAUCGAUCAUUGGCUCUGUUACAGCCCAUGACCUUGAUGCCAGCAGCAGUGCAGUCAGAUAUUCACUUGAAUGGCAGAAAGAGUAUGACAGCUAUUUUGAUAUUGACAGCAUUGAUGGCACCAUUUCCUUGAAUGAAUACCUGGACAGAGAGGAAGUAUUUCAGCACAACAUCACUGUGGUAGCAAACAAAGUCAUAAACCCCUUGCUGUCCACCAAAGUGAUAGUGAUGGUCAAUGUCCUGGAUGUGAACGAGUUCCCACCUAAACUGGUGUUUCCAUCAACUACAUUUGUCUGCGAAACUUCCAAAGCUGGACAGGUCAUUCAGUUGGUCAGUGCUGUCGACUUGGACCUUCCACCUAUCACUCAAAGGUUUUUCUUCAAGACGCCUACGGAUAUUCACAACAGAAAGUUCACUGUUCGAGAUUAUGGAAACAACACAGCUGGCAUAGUGACGCGACGCUCUGGUCUCCAGCGUGGGAAACAUGACAUACAUGUUUUCCCUGUUGUGGUUGAAGAUAGUGGUUACCCUGUUCGGAGCAGCACAUCAACCCUCACUAUCCGAGUAUGCCUGUGUGGGACAGAAGGCUUGCUGCGAACAUGUUCUACUAAAGUGAUCUUCCGGCCCAUUGGUCUCAGCACUGGAACUGCAAUGGCUAUUCUGCUGUGUGUAGUUCUGUUAAUUGUUAUUCCUGUACUCUAUAUUGGCAGAAGACACCAUAAAGACAAAGAGGCUGUCAUGACAUCACAAGAAGAUAUACGUGAUAAUGUCAUUCAUUAUGAUGAUGAGGGUGGUGGGGAGGAAGAUACUCAUGCCUUUGACAUCGGCACCCUCUGUAAGACACGAUCAGAACACGUACAAACGAACAGUAUAAUCGCCAAGAAGGACAAAAACAAUUAUGGUCACGGGGUUCUGUUGCAUCUAAGCACUCGCAAUGAUAAAGUCAAGUCACCAGACAUCCAUCAACAAACCGCCAGCAUUAUCUCCCCUGUUAACAGCCAGUCGGUUGUUCCCUGUUGCAGAGUGACUCAGGGUAAAUGUGAAAUAAUCCGAGAUUUCAUUGAAGAGCGCGUGGGGGAGAGUCGGAAGUCGGCUGUAUCAGCCUAUGACUCGUUUGUCACAUCUGCCUCUGAAGAUCUUUGUUCUGUGGCAGGCUCCCUUUGUUCUAUAGCAGAGUCAUGGGUAAUUGAUGAUUUAGGAGAUUUGAGCUCCCUUGGGGAUUGGGGACUGUCCUACAAAUCAUUAGCUAGUAUCUAUGGGAGACAGGCCCCUACUGUGUCUGAAGAGAGCUAAUAUGGAUAGUAGAUAGAAGAUAUGCGGUCUUGGUGGGACACAGCCAAUGGACUUAAUUUGUUUUUUUACAGGCAUUCCAAUGAAAGGACAAAACUAGAGUGAGGUAGAAUUGGUAUUAGCAUUACAAGACUAUCUUGAGUCAAAGUUCUUUCAAUGACACACAAGAUACAGCUUAUCAUACAUUUCCUUUGUGGACACUUGAUAUCACAAAACUACACUAA